AUGGUGUCAAACUCACUUCAAGUUCAAUCGGCCUGGCCUUCUGCAACCAAUCACACAACGCGCUCGGUGAGAUCGAUCCUAUCCUCCCUCUCCUCCCCCAGUACUCGUGCCAACUCAAUCCUAGCACACCCAGAUCCCAUCAGGAUUGCCCUCCAGCCGGCCAGCACUAGUCACAGUGGCCAUCAAUCAAAGGAUGCAGGCGAUCAACAGACGACUGUCAAGCAAGACCCAGUCACUCAGGAAACAUCCUCUUUCCCUUCAGCUUCAGUGCCACCCUCCUCAGAAAUCUCCAGCGCGCUUUCCAGAGCACUGUCGACUACCCUCUCCAGAUCAUUCAGUCGGACUACUCAUACUAAUAAUACGAGUGCUCAUCAACAUCCUCUCAAGAAAUGGCUAGUCUCCAAGUAUCCACAAGGUUCAUCCCCCUCUUCCACCACCGCUGCAAAUAAUAACAAUAAUAAUAACCAGCAUCACACUCAUUCCUCAACUGAUCACCCUCAAAAGUCGAUCCUCAAGAAGAAGAAGUCUGCCCCGUCGAGCCAAUUCGGGAUCGGCAGCGGGAUCGGCUCGACUGACCAGCCGAUGAAGAAACAUCCUACCUCGACCUCCUUCCUCAACCUGAUCAACAAGAAACAUCACACCAAGUUCCUCGAUCCUCUCCCCCAUCCUGAUCAGCUUGAUCAGCACGACGUGCUGAUGAAAUCGAGAAGCCACUCGAUCAUCCAGGCCGAUCGGGCCCACUUCCUCGUCGUCCCCAAGAUACUCACCUCCGCCAAUCAUCACGAACAGCAGAAACCCAUUCCAAACCAGGGUGGAACUCCCUCUCCUCAUCCUUCACCACAUCCAACCGACCUCCAUCAACUGCAUCCUCCCCUGCCCCCUGCUCUUCCUCAAUUUCUUCGCAACCAGUCUUCCUUCUACUUCAACCAUCAGCUGUCUGAUGACUCAGGGAGAGCCUGUUGA